AUGGCGGUAUGGCCGCCGUUGACAGCGGCGGGUUCGAAGAUGGUGGUGGUUGUGUGUGCCAUGGUGUUGACUUUGGCCAUAUUGAUAUUUCAUUCUGAUGAGUUCAAGCUAAUUCAAUCCUCCAACUUCACUUACCAACUCAGAAACAAUGGUUUUGGAGAUAGCCAUGGCUUCCAAUCACCUCCUAAGAUUGCCUUUUUGUUUCUCACUCGUAAAAAACUUCCUCUUGACUUUCUUUGGGCCAACUUCUUCAAGAAUGGAGACCAAGCCAAAUUUUCAAUUUACAUUCACUCAAAGCCAGGCUUUGUGUAUGACAAAUCAACCACUAGGUCUUCUUUCUUUUAUGACAGACAAUUAAACAACAGUAUUCAGGUACUAUGGGGAGACUCUAGCAUGAUUGAAGCAGAACGCCUACUAUUUGGUGCAGCUCUUGAUGAUCCAGCAAAUCAGAGAUUUGUCAUUCUUUCUGAUAGCUGCAUACCUCUGCAUAACUUCAAUCAUACUUACAAUUAUCUAAUGUCUUCUACAAAAAGCUUUGUUGACAGUUUUCUGAAUGUCGAUGAAGGCCGAUAUAAUCCCAAGAUGUUGCCCGUAAUAUCGCAGGAAAAAUGGCGAAAGGGUUCUCAGUGGAUCACUUUGGUGAGGAAACAUGCUGAAAUUGUAGUGAAUGAUGCCAUAAUCUUCCCUUUGUUUAAGAAACAUUGUGAGCGAUGGCCGCCGUCGGAAGACGCCACUGGAAGGAAAAAACCAGAGAAGUAUCAUCCCAACUGCAUACCAGAUGAGCAUUAUGUGCAGACUUUACUUUCAAUAAGGGGUCUCGAGAAUGAACUCGAACGACGAACACUGACGUACUCGAUGUGGAAUAGUUCUAUCCCAAAAGUGGAUAAAAGAUCUUGGCAUCCAGUUACUUUCCAUUAUCCAGAUGCAACUCCUCUGAGAAUCAAAGAAAUAAAGGAAAUCAAUCACAUUGACUAUGAAUCCGAACACCGAACGGAGUGGUGUCGUGUUAACUCGAAGUAUACGUCGUGCUACUUGUUUGCAAGAAAGUUCACUCCCGGGGCGGGGUUGCGAAUCUUGAAAAAUGAUUUAUCAGAGAAUCUAGUUGAUGGAAAGCAUGGGUGAGAAAAAUGCAAGAAAAAGAUGAAAAUAUUGUUGUAGAUGGAUUAAGGACAUUUUUUUUUUGGUUAAAUGGGUUCCAAAACCACUGUAUUUUAAAGAGGUUGUUUGUUGAA